GUUUGUCCCGAAGCGGCAUCCGGAGCGUCACGUGACCACCACGCCGGAAAUACUAUUUUUUUUGGCGCUAGAGGCAAACGUCAGCUGUUUCUGCUUGCUUGCUGUCUUCUUUCUCCUCGUUGUUUAUGUAUUGGUUUCUUGUCGCGGGUUGAGGUGUGCUGUGACCUUUAGCUCGUCAGGAUGUUUUGCGAGAAAGCCGUCGAGCUCAUUCGAGAGCUUCAGCGGAUCAGCGACGGACAACUUCCCGCCUUCAACGAGGACGGCGUGCGACAGGUGCUGCAGGAGAUGGAGGCACUUUACGAACACAACCAGGCUGACGUAAACGAGACCAAAAGCGAGCAGAGAGCCGACUUGCUGCCCUCCAUCCGCUUGCGUCACUGCUGCCUGCUGAGGAACCAACGCUGCGUCGGCGCCUACCUGUACGACCGGUUGCUGCGGAUCCGAGCUCUGCGCUGGGAAUACGGCAGCGUGCUUCCCGCCAACGUGCGCUUCCACAUGAGCGCCGAAGAGCUGCAGUGGUUCACGUGCUACAAAAAAUCGCUGGCCUCAUUCAUGCGCUCGCUGGGCGGAGGCGGCGGACUGGACGUCACGCAGGACAUGAGGCCGCCCAAGAGUCUUUACAUCCAGGUCAGGUGCGUGAAGGAUCACGGCGAGCUGGAGAUCGACGACGGGACGCUCGUGCUUCUCAAGAAAAACAGUCAGCACUUCCUGCCACGCUGGAAAUGCGAGCACUUGAUUCGUCAAGGCAUCCUGGAGCAUGUCGUCCACUGAGCGACCACUUGCACUCCUCUUCCGGGACGACAGGGGGCGUUGCCGAGCAAAGUGCAGCAGCUGUUUGCCAUCCUGUUAACGAUGUUGGUCUGCGUUUGUGUCUUGUCUGGCCACGCAUGAAGUGUGAAAUUAAACGAGCAAGUUGUGUUUGGAAUGGUUGAAAUCCGUCACAAUAAUUUUGUAUGAACUGAAAUGUGGCUUAGGCGUAAAUAUUUGGAAUGCAGAGUUUUUUUAGGCCGUUUGAAUGAGGUGAAGAUUGCAAUGGGAUAGAUGCAGACUUUCCUUGUUGUUGUUGUUCAAUGUUUUAUUAGGAAUGAAAGGGUAGUAAAUGUGGAAUUCUGUCAAAACUCAAAUUGAGGAAUAAGAAUAUCCGGGAUGGCGUUGGGAAGCCACCUGAUACAGGUGCAGGCCCUACAUGGUGUUGACCACCAAAACAAAUUUCUUGUAACAGGAUUGUCAACGUGACAACUAAAUCACCUUUUUUGCAAUGUGGAAAC